AUCGAAACCCCAAGGAACUCACAGUCUAAACAAAAAACCAAAACCUCAACCUCCUCAAUAACAUCAUACCAGCCGUUGAAGAAUGGCGAAGGCAUCUAGUUUGGUGGGAAAGCUUGAAAUAGACGUGGAGAUCAAAGCGUCGGCGGAGAAGUUCCAUCACAUGUGGGCAGGGAAACCACACCAUGUUUCCAAAGCAACUCCAAGCAACAUUCAAGACUGUGUGCUGCACGAAGGCGACUGGGGCAAAGUCGGCUCUAUCCUCAUCUGGAACUACGUUCAUGAUGGAAAGGAACAGGUGGCGCAUGAGAGGAUCGAAGCCGUAGAGCCAGAAAAUAACUUGAUCACGUUUAGGGUUUUAGAUGGGGAUUUGAUGAAAGAGUACACGAGCUUUGUGACAACGAUCCAAGUUACCCCUAAGCAUGGAGGGCCUGGAAGUAUUGUGCACUGGCACCUUGAGUAUGAGAAAAUUAGUGACGAGGUAGCUCAUCCGGAAACUCUACUCCAGUUCUGUAUCGAAAUCUCCAAAGAGAUUGACGAACAUCUUUUGGCCGAGGAAGAAGAGGUGAAGCAAACAGAGACGUCUAGUUUGGUGGGAAAGCUUGAAACAGACGUGGAGAUCAAAGCUUCGGCUGAGAAGUUCCAUCACAUGUGGUCAGGGAAACCACACCAUGUUUCCAAAGCAACUCCAGGCAACAUUCAAGACUGUGUGCUGCACGAAGGCGACUGGGGAAAAGUUGGCUCUAUCCUCAUCUGGAACUACGUUCAUGAUGGGGAGGCAAAGGUGGCUAAGGAGAAGAUCGAGGCGGUGGAGCCGGAUAAGAACCUGAUCACGUUCAGGGUUAUAGAUGGUGAUCUGAUGAAAGAGUACAAAAGCUUCGUGUUCACAAUCCAGGUGACCCCUAAGGAUGGAGGGUCAGGGAGUAAUGUGCACUGGCACCUUGAGUAUGAGAAAAUUAGCGAGGAGGUUGCUCAUCCCGAGACACUCCUCCAACUAUGUGUGGAGAUCUCCAAAGAGAUAGAUGAACAUCUCUUGGCCGAGGAAUAGAGAAGAUCUCCUCGUGCAUGUAUAUGUAUGUCAGUGUGUACCUGAAGUUCAGUAGUAUUUGAGUUCAAAUAUAAUGCAAUUAAUAAGGACUAUGAGCCAUGCAUGUCCGAGUUUGUGAGAUUUAUAAAUGUGAGUGUGCUGUGUGCAUGAAUAUAUGUGUAUUAAGAUACGUUGGAAAUUAUAAGUUUGAGCAGUGACGUGUAGUGCUAUUAUGUAGCUACUACAAUAUGUAAUUUUGUUAUGUUUGCUAAAGCUAAUAAUAUAUGUUUUCAUUA